AUGACGCGCUUGCCCAAGGACCCAUAUUGCGAUGCAUGUCAACGUGCGAAGACGGAAAACAUUAAGUCACAUCGCCAGGAUUCGCCCUGCGAUAAGGAGUUUGAGAAAUUUGGUGGUGAUCAUGUUACCAUCGAUACGAUGGUUCUUCACGGCCUGGGCAACAGAGGAAAUCAUGGGGAGACUGAUGCAGUAGUCUUCUAUGAUUUGGCGACCGGUUGGUUGGAGUCAGUGCCGGUGAAGAGUCGCACCAACACUGAGACAUUACGUGAUUUUGAACAGGUCUUUGGAGAACUACGCGAUGUCAAUACGUUCUCUAUGGACGUGGAAAGAAGAUACGCGCCGUCUCAGAUACGUGAGGUGUAUUGCGAUAAAGCCCGUGAGUUUAUCUCGGUGUGCAAGAAAGUCGGCAUCCCAGUGAUGCGCUCGACGCCUGGUAUGCCACGAACAAAUGCAGUAGCAGAAAGUAAGGUCAAGCUUGUGCUUCAUGGAGCGCGAGUUGCGCUUCGACAGGCGGGCCUGGAGGCGAAGUUCUGGCCAUACGCAGGCUGCAGACAUUUCUGCUUGGCUCGAAGCAUCGAGAUAAAUGCCGGUGAAUCCGCCUUCCAGCGCAGAUACGGUGAGUUCAAAUGUGAUGGACAGCACCUUCCGUACGGAUGUCUGAUCGGUCUCUUCCCUCUGCCAUCCCGAAAGAAACUCGACGAAGUUCCAGCGAUGAAGCGAUUCUCGGGGGAAGAAUAUGCGACGCCUGCCGACAUUGAAGAUGAUGCAGAAUCGGUCGAUUUCCCUGAUGGAGUCCCGGAUCUCGAUGAAUGA